CAAACCCAAUUUUUUCAAUCUUCCCUCAUAGGUCAUGUUUUCUAGACCUUUAAUCAUUUUUGUUGCUCUUCUCUAGACUCUCUCCAGUUGUUCCACAUCUUUCCUGAAACAUGGCACCCAGAACUAGGCACAAUAUUCCAGCUGAGGCUAAUCAGCAUGGAGUACAGCGGAAGAAUUACUUCUUGUGUCUUGCUUACAACACUCCUGCUAAUACAGCCCAGAAUGAUGUUCACUUUUUUUGCAACAGUGUUACUUAGCUUGUGUUAUUUACUCAGUGUUAUUUAGCUUGUGAUCCAUUAUGACCCCCAGAUCCCUUCCCGCAGUACUCCUUCCUAGGCCGUCAUUUCCCAUUUUGUACGUGUCCCACUGAGUGUUCCUUCCUAAAUGGAGUACUUUGCAUUUGUCCUUAUUUAAUUUCAUCCUAUUUACUUCAGACCAUUUAUCCAGUUUGUCCAGCUCAUUUUUAAUUUUAAUCCUACCCUCCAAAGCACUUGCAGCCCCUCCCAGCUUGGUAUCAUCUGCAAACUUUAUAAGUGUACUGUCUAUGCCAUUAUCUAAAUCACUGAAGCUAUUGAACAGAACCAGACCCAGAACCGGUCCCUGCGGGACCCCACUCGUUAUGUCCUUCCAGCAUGACCGUGAACCACUCAUAACUACUCUCUGGGAACGGUUUUCCAACCAGUUUUGCACCCACCUUAUAGUAGCUCCAUCUAGGUUGCAUUUCCCUAGUUUGUUUAUGAGAAGGUCAUGCGAGACAGUAUCAAAAGCUUUACUAAAGUCAAGAUAGACCAUGUCUACCACUUCCCCCCUAUCCACAAGGCUUGUUACCCUGUCAAAGAAAGCUAUCAGGUUGGUUAGACACGAUUUGUUUUUGACAAAUCCAUGCGGACUGUUAGUUAUCACCUCAUCAUCUUCUAGGUGUUUGCAAUUUGAUGGCUUAAUUAUUUGCUCCAUUAUCUUUCUGGGUACAGAAGUUAAGCUGACUGGUCUGUAAUUCCCUGGGUUGUCCUUAUUUCCCUAUUUAUAGAUGGGAACUAGAUUUGCUUUUUUCCAGUCUUCUGGAAUCUCUCCCAUCUUCCAUGACUUUUCAAAGAUAAUCGCUAAUGGCUCAGAUAUCUCCCCAGUCAGCUUCUUGAGUAUUAUAGGAUGCAUUUCAUCAGGCCCUGGUGAUUUGAAGACAUCUAACUUGUCUAAGUAAUUUUUGACUUGUUCUGUCCCUAUUUUAGACUCUGAUCCUACCUCAUUUUCACUGGCAUUCACUACGUUAGACGUCCAAUCACUACCAACCUUCGUCGUGAAAACCAAAACAAAGCCGUCAUUAAGCACCUCUGCCAUUUCCACGUUUUCUGUUAUUGUUCCCCCCCCCACACACACACACACAUUGAGUAACGGGCCUACCCCGUCCUUGGUCUUCCUCUUGCUUCUAAUGUAGUUGUAGAAUGUUUUCUUGUUACCCUUUAUGUCCCUAGCUAGUUUGAUCUCGUUUUGUGCCUUGGCGUUCCUAAUUUUCUAACUGCCAACUGUCUUCAAUUGUUUUUCCCCUUAGACUUGCUUCCCCUAGGAUUUAACCUACCAACUCCCUGAGUUUGCUCAAGUCUGCCUUCUUGAAAUCCAUUGACUUUAUUGUGCAGUUUCCAAGCUACCCCCAGCUUGGGAACUGUCUCUUCGAUGGGCCAGACCCCCAACGGGUCCCACUCAUCCUUCCGGGUCAGCCACCUGGCCUCAGCACUUCCCGAGUCUGAACCUCUGGGGCAGCAGCCCCUCUGCUUCACCCCAGGAGCUCUGACGCACUUUUUCAUUGUCUCCUUGGAUUUUCCAGUGUUAUGGGAUUGCCUUGGCCAGUCCUUCGCAAUGACUUGUCCGGGCUCAGACAGCCAGGAGACGGUCUCCCAGCCUGUCCUGAGAGCAAACGCUCCUUUUCGCCUUCUGGGUGAACAUGCAAAAUAUAGGGAAACUGAGGGGCACACCGGGGUCAUAAAGAUAUUACAGAACAUUUCCCCUUGGUCACAGUGCUGGAGCACAGAGAAGCCGUGUGUGUGUCGGGGGGCGCAACAACAGAGCUGUGGGGACCGGGAGUACUGUUAGGAAGGGCUGGAUCCAGCAGGAAAUGUUUCCCAGGGCAGGACCCCCCCCCGCCCCCGGAGCAGCCGCUGCUUAGCGUCCUUCCCUGACCCGGGGAAAUGCUGGCCCCUGGGCUGUCGGGUGUCUGCGGAGCCCAGCCCAGCCUCUCCGCAGGGAGCUCGCUGAGCGGCGCCUGCCGGGGAGGGACUGCCAAGGAAACCAAAGCCUAACAGUUCUAGGGCAGCCAGUCACUCCACACGGGAAGCAGCCCUGGGGCCUAGGGAGCAGAGACUCUGACACCCCUGGAGCCUGGCCGCGGUGACGGCUUCGGGGGCUCUGCAGUGAGGGGCCAGGCAGCAGCUCUUUGGGGGCAGCAGAGGGACCAGCCAGAGGCCCAGAGCAGGACCUGGGGCUCAGCGGCUGUGCAUGAUGGCGGCUGGGACCGAGGCCCGGGCCGGAGGCGCGGGGGGCCGGUGAGGGGGGCCGGCGGAGCCCCUGCAUGGCCUGGGGCAGGUAGAGCCGAGCGCGAGGCCGGCGCAGCUGGCAUGGCCGGCCUGGGCAGAGCCGGCGGGCGCAGGAGGGUUUAGCGCGGCCGGCCGGCAGCAUUGCCAUGGCGUUCACGGUGGCAGAUUACACCGUCUUCGUGCUGCUGCUGGUGCUCUCCUCCGCCAUCGGGCUGUUCUACGCACUGAGCGGCGGCCGGCAGCGCACGGUGCAGGAGUUCCUGCUGGCCAACCGCAGCAUGAGCUUCCUGCCCGUGGCCCUGUCCUUGCUGGCCACCUUCCAGUCAGCCGUGGCCAUCCUGGGCGUGCCGGCCGAGAUAUACCGCUUCGGCACCGAAUACUGGUUCCUGGGCUGCUGCUACUUCCUGGGCCUCUUGAUCCCGGCACACAUCUUCAUCCCCGUCUUCUACCGCCUCCACCUCACCAGCACCUACGAGUACCUGGAGCUGCGUUUUAACAAGGCUGUACGCCUGUGCGGCACCGUGACCUUCAUCUUCCAGAUGGUAAUUUACAUGGGGGUUGUUCUCUACGCGCCCGCGCUGGCUCUCAAUGCAGUGACUCAGUUUGACCUCUGGGGGGCAGUGCUGACCAUGGGCCUGGUUUGCACCCUGUACACCACCCUGGGCGGGCUGAAGGCCGUCAUAUGGACUGACGUCUUCCAGACGCUGGUGAUGUUCGCAGGGCAGCUGGCCGUCAUCGUGGUGGGCACUGUCAAGGUGGGCGGCAUGGGGCGGGUCUGGCAGCUGGCAGCUGAUCAGGGGAAGAUCUCUGGAAUCGACCUCAGCCCCGACCCCUUUGAGCGUCACACCUUCUGGACCCUGGCCGUCGGGGGCGUCUUCAUGAUGCUGUCGCUGUACGGCGUGAACCAGGCCCAGGUGCAGCGUUACCUCAGCUCCCGCACUGAGCGGGAGGCCGUGCUCUCCUGCUAUGCCGUGUUCCCCUGCCAGCAGGUGGUUCUGUGCCUCAGCUGCCUGACGGGCCUUGUCAUGUUCGCCUAUUACCAGGAGCAUCCGCCCACGGCAGCCCAGAGCCAGGCCUCCUCGGACCAACUGGUUCUGUACUUCGUCAUGGACGUCCUGAAGGACCUGCCUGGCCUGCCUGGCCUCUUUGUCGCCUGCCUCUUCAGCGGCUCCCUGAGCACGAUUUCCUCGGCCUUCAACUCCCUGGCCACGGUGACCAUGGAGGACCUGAUCCACCCCUACUUCCCCGGCCUGCGGGAGUCCUGGGCCACGCUGCUCUCCAAGCUGCUGGCUCUCAGUUAUGGCCUGCUCUGCCUGGGGAUGGCCUACCUCUCCUCCAUGAUGGGCCCCAUGCUGCAGGCUGCCAUCAGCAUCUUCGGCAUGGUGGGCGGUCCGCUGCUGGGACUCUUCUGCCUGGGGAUGUUCUUCCCGUGUGCCAACCCCACCGGUGCGAUCGCCGGGCUGGCAGCUGGGCUGGCCAUGGCUUUCUGGAUCGGCAUUGGGAGCCUGGUGUCCAACCUGCAGGCGGCCCCCUCGGUCCCGGCGCUGUCCAACAGCACCGACUUCCCCCAGGCCAGCAGUCUGACCACGGCCAUCGCGACCACGCUGCUGACCUCGGCCCCGGCCCCCAGGCGCCUCUCGGGCCUCCAGAAGUUCUACAACCUGUCGUACAUGUGGUACAGCGCCCACAACUCCUCCACCGUCAUCCUGGUGGGCCUGCUGGUCAGCCUGCUCACGGGCCCCACCAAGGGAGCGACCGUGAACCCGCGCACCAUCUACCCCGUGCUGCCCCAGCUGCUGUGCUGCCUGCCCCAGAGGUACCGGGAGCGGCUGAGCUGUGGGGUCGGCCGCUCCGCGGAGGACGGGAGCUGCGAGGAGCCCGGGAGCUGUGAGGAGCCCGCACCCUGCGCCCCAGAGAAGACCAGCAAUGGAAUGCUGAACGGCCCUGUCGGGGGCCUGGCCCGUGUGGAGGAGGCGGAGGGCGAGGGCUUUGCCAGGGUGGAGGGCGCUCACACCUACGUCCUGCAGGAGACGUCGCUCUGAACAGGGCCCCAGGCACCAGGGUGGGAGAUGGUGUCCGGCUGCUGGGGGUGGAGCACAAAGGCCACCCUGCGAGCACCGGGCUUGCCCUGGGAACAGCCCCGCUCAGCAUGCACAGUGCGAGGGGGCUACUCGUCUCACAGCUGGGCUGCUCCCCUCCUUGGGCGGGUUCCCGGGCCCCCCCACGCUGUUCCUGCUGUGGGCUCCACCCACACUCAGGCCGCAAAGUACCAAAUGACCCAUGGGGCUGUCUGGGGCCCAACCUGCACUACCGGAGCCCGGCUGAUGGGAGUCAGGCCCCGGCCCUGCCUUGCUGGCCACUUGCCCACACAUGCCCUGGGUGGCAUGGGGUUAACACUGUGAUGUGCCAAGCCUGGGGGCAGGGUGGGAACCCCCUGGUUCCCAGGCCUGAGCUGGGCCUUCCUUGCACUGAUGCAUCAGGCGAUGCUGUGAGGGGACCAGCUGGCCUUCCGUCGUGUGGGGCCACGUGCCCCGGAUCAGGCCCUCAUUUCUAUGUGCGCUAAUCUCUGGAGUCCGUCCAUCCCUGCACAGGCCUCACCUGCCCAUGGGGGGCGGAGGGGGUCUCUGCAGGACCCCUGGACCCCACUCAUUGGCUGAGGUCUGGGCUGUCUGCCCCCGGAGCCAAGUGCCACCGGGCCCUGGGCUCGGGUCGGCUCGUGACAAGGGGGAAGCGAGGCUGUGAGCCAGCCCCUUGGGGCGCUGGCAGGUGGCUGCGUGGGCCCAGCCUGGGGCGGCACCCUCCCGCUCUGGCUGGGGGGUGCUGGGAUUCUGCAGUACAACCUCAUAGCAUGCAGCGGCCCCCAGGCCAGGCUCUGCCCUAGGCUGCAGUCUGUGCUGGGGGCCGUAGUCUGCUCAGGCCCCUGCUCUGCUUGCAGGGGAGAUGAUGGACCAGCUGCAUUCCUGGGGGCUGCAGCUCUGCCCUUGCCACCUGGGCUCGGAGCGGCCAUUCCAGCCCUUGCUGGCGCCUGGUGCUGCGCCAUCUUGGGCUCCCCUUUGCCUGGUGCAGAGCCCGGCCUGUGCCCCCCCCGUUACCCCAGGGGUCAGUGACUGUGCUGCAGAGUAGACUGAUGUGUCCCAAUGCGGACCCCAGGCAGGGGUGCUCCAGCUGGGGCAGGGCAGCCGUACGCCGGUUGCCCCGCUGCAGGUACGUGGGGGCGCAGCUACAAUUUGCAAUGGUACCCCCUGCUGGCAGCCCCCUCCACAGCCAAUGUCCCAUGCUUGCAGCCUCCUGCCCCCCACUCGCAGCCCCCCACUGCCAGUGCCCCCUGCUCCCAAACACCCCACCCCUGCUCCCCAUUCGAAGCCCCCUUCCCCCUGCUUGCAGCACCCCACAGCUGCCCCCCCACCCCAUCCUUGUUUCCUACCCACUGCUUGCAGCCCCCCCACAGCCAGUGCCCCCUGUUCUCAGACCCCCCACCCCCUCCUUGCCUCCAGGCCCUUCCCUGGUUCUGUUCAAUUAAUUGUUCUAAUGGUUCGUUAAUUGUCUCUAGCCCCCAGCGCCGGGGGCUGUCGUCUCAGUAAAGUGAUUCUCUGCGAUGA